CUGCCCCGCCACCGCGGCCCCGGGCGCCCGGCAUGUCGGUGCAGUACACCCUCAACCUGCGCGUCUUCUGGCCCUUGGUGACCGGCCUGUGCACCGCCCUCGUGUGCCUCUACCAUGUCCUGCGGGGAGACGGGGCCGCCCGGACCGAGUCCCCCGACGGUGCGGACGGUGGCUUCCCGCUGCUCAAAGUGGCCAUCCUGCUCCUGCUCGGCUACGUCCUCCUGCGCUGUCGCCACGCUGUCCGGCAGCGCUUUCUGCCUGUCUCUUCCCGCGUGGUGGGCCAGUCCGCCUUCUCCGCUAGACACUUCUCAGAGCCGGGCCUUACCAUCUUGCUGGAGAGUUACUACGAGCACGAGGUGCGCCUGUCGCCUCACGUGCUGGGCCACAGCAAGGCGCACGUGAGCCGGAUCGUGGGCGAGCUGGUGCGGGCUGGCUGUAUCCGGGGGUCCCCAUUCCCCAUCUCCAGGGGAGCCUUGGCCUUGGCGUUCCGAGGGGACUUCAUCCAGGUGGGCAGCGCCUACGAGCAGCACAAGAUCCGCCGGCCGGACAGCUUCGACGUGCUGGUGCCCCUGCGCCUGCCGCCGCUGGUGGCGCUGGAGCCGCGGAGCCUGGGCGCAGAGCCCGCUCUGGCCCCCGCCUUCCGCAGCUGCUUCGUGUGCGCCCUCAAGGCGCCGCCCUCGCCAUCGGGAACCUCAGGGAGCCACUGGCUCCGGAAUUGCAAACCCUUCGCGGACAGCUUCUGCGUGGAUGUACGUGGCCAGCACCACCUCUCUGCCACUUUGGUGCUGCGCUGGUUCCAGUCACACCUGCAGCGCUCGCUGGCCACCGUGCGCUACAAACUGGAAGAGUGCUGUCGGGUCAGCCUGACCCCUGGCGGCCUGGAGCAGCCUCCUAUCCUACACAUCCUGCCCUGCCGUACGGAUUAUGGCUGCUGCCGCCUUUCCAUGGCUGUGCGUCUCAUCCCUGCGGUCCAUCUCGGGGACAGCAUCUUCCUUGUGGCACCACCCCCGCCACCCUCCCCUAUUGGGUCUCUCUCGGAGCUCCCAGGAGGCCUGCGCUCAGAAGUACUGUGGGGUGUGAACACAGCUCGCCAGGAACAGAAGUUGCUGGGCUGGCUUCAGGAACGGGCCACUCCAGGUGCCUGCUACCUCAAGUGCCUGCAGUUGCUGAAAGCUCUGCGAGAUCUGGGUGCCCGUGGGCUGGACCCAAUGGCUGCCACCCAGUGGGGACUUGUCCUGUCUUCAUACGUGCUCAAGACGGUGCUGCUGACAGUGUUGCUGCGUGAGGGGUCUCCAGGUCAAGGCUGGGAGGAGGCACACUUGAGCGAACGCUUGGAGAAACUGGUGCAGUUCCUCAAGGCCUGCCUGCUGGGACGCCAGACGCUGUUCCACUGCAUUUUGGGCCCUGGAGGGGCGGCCUCUGAAGUGGGCCCUCUGCCCAAGGUACUUCGAGAAGCUGCCCCGGUGGACCUCCUGGCCGCUUUUGACAUGCAUGCCCGAGAGCUAGCAGCAGCGAGGUUGCUGUCCACUUGGCGAAGCCUGCCCCAGCUUCUCCGGGCCUAUGGGGGUCCCCGCUAUCUUACCAGGUGCCCCCCUCCCUGGAGUCAGCGCACUCAAGGGUUCCCUGAACAUGAACCAUAGACAGACAGCUCCUUCAUCUGCCUGAGUGCUCCUAAAGCCCUUCCCACUGGUGAGGGCUGGGGUGUUGAUGGGGGGUUAAAUGCACAGUGGGCUGACGGAGAUGUUCAACAACUUGGGGGAUGCCACAGGCUUUGGUGGCUAAAAUGUCACCCCCUGGCUCCACAACCCAAUAUAAUUAUGCAUCUUCUUCACACCCACUAGUGUCCUGGGUAAACCAGGCAAUGACACCCAACCACAGCUACUGAGAGUUGGUCCACAUGGUGGUCUGUGCGGAAUCUGGUAGAAAGAUCCAGCUCUUAGGGGAACCAGCAAAGUAAGCAGGACCGAUUGCAGAGAAAGGUCCCUUUGCUGGUUUUCAGACACAGACCUCUCUGUCCCAGUUUAUAAACAUGAAUAUUUUUGACAUGCCUAUUUGCUAAGUACUGGGUUCCCAAUUCCUUUUUUCUUUUUAAACUAAAUCCAGAACUGUAAUCAAAGUUAUGUUCCACUGUUACUAUUCUGUGGAAAGUCAUUCUUCCUUUCAGAUUAGUAUUAAUGUACUUAAACGGUGUAAUCACAGGUAUCUGAUAGGAUUGUCAAUAAGUCACAUGUAUUGAGAGGCAAUCAAGAGUUGGUUGGAGAGGUUUUCAGAGCAAAUAGCACUUUUUGUUGAUCAGUUCUCUUACUCCGUGGUGAUUAUUCUGUUGCAUCUGAAAGGGGUGGCCAGAAAUAUUUAUUAUGAAGCCAUGUGCAGCUUUGAAAAGCACCCAGCAUGUUCCCUUACCAUCCCUCCAGGCCACAAGCUGGGCUAUGUCCCAGCUAGUCCCACCCAUUCAUUGAGUGCCUACUAUGAGGCAGACAUAGUACAAGGUGGCAACAAAAUCCAUAAUUAAAACGAGGCCAGUGAGGCCAUCAAACAUGUUGGGUCUUGAAACAGACAUAGUUCAGUCUUUGCCUAUUAAGCUGUCUGGCAAGGGUUUGCUGCUGGCUGGACACAGAAACCUUUUUUGGCUUUAGGGCUUUUUAGCAAACUCCUUCACAAAGAUUUUUUUCUGAGUUUAAGGAGCUAAUGGGAAGGAAAUGAGCAAUCUUCUGUGUACCUGAUGUGUUAGUGUUCCCAAUGCACGGUGAUGGUUAAUGGUUGGAAGGUACUUCACACUUGCCCGGGCAGCCCUUGGUCCCAAGGGGCCAGCUUUGAGGGGCUCUUGAUUUAGCCUAUGUCUUGCAAAAGACAGAGUAUGGUAGCUUGGGAUCUGUGCUUAGACAUCAGUUACUCCUAGUUAGUGGGCAGAGGAGACAGAGUAGAGGAAAUAAGUUAGAGGAAGCGGGGGAAACAGCCUUUGAGAGAAUCAUCUCUGAGGGGCGGGACAGAAAGAGCACCAGGUAGGAUGUUACUUCACAGCCAGGAGGAGCCCAUUUGCUUGCGGUUCAAGUUCAGAGUGGCCCACCGUCUGCUUGGCUGGCUGAAACUACAGCCAGUCUUAGCAUUUUAUGUACUUGGGGAUCUUUUUUAAAAAACAAAGACACGUCUUCCUUAGACUCUUAAAAGCAAAACUUGGAGACAGAAGUACUUACAUGAAUAGGCCCAUUGUUUCAUUUCUGAGCUAUUUUGAGGGACUUCUACAAAUCUCCUUUCUUUAAGGGACCCGCUUGGCCACUGUGGGAAAUUAUCGUGGAUAAAUGAUUUACAGGGAAUCUUUGUCAUUAGAGCUGCAGAGGUUUCUUAUAUCCUUGGCAACUGUGAACUGAAGGAGAAACAGCUGCAGAUGUUGUGAGGUUGUUCUGGGGACCAUUCCCCUUGAUAUCUCAAAGUUCAUUCCUAGCUUUUGAGGCCAAUGUUAUAUCAUAUGGUACUGCAUUGAGCAAAAAGGUUAAUCCACAAGCUUCCUGCAAAGAUAUAAAACUGCACAGUGUUUUCACAAAUUACUUUUAAAUGCCAAGAGUAGAACAUGUAUUUCCAUACUCAGCCUGACUUCCACUGUAGUCAUUAAAUCUACUGGGGGUAGGGGGUGGAAGUGAAGCUAUGGAUGGAUUAUAAGGCUUUAUUUUUUUACUUUUUGGAUUAUAAAGCUUUAAAAGCUAAAUUUUCCAAACAUUUCUAGCUGAGAUAAUAGGUUCCUUUUUAAAAAUUGUAAUACUAUUUUGAAGUAUAAAUCUGAUAACAUAUAGUUCUUAUACUUUGUCCUAGUAUGAUUUCUUUCAGGUUGAUUACCUAAAGCUUUAUCCAUCCUCAAGGUUUUAAAAUUUUUUUAAAUUAAUAAGCAUUGUAUUUGUGAAGUUUUAAAAUAUUAAUGUUUUAUUUAAAUGCCAUGCUGAGCAAUUGUUCUCUGUACAUGGUAGCCAAAACUUAAAGAGAUUUCGAUCAAUUUUGAUCAAUGUUUAAUAAACCAAAACAUGUACUGUGUACAAGUGAAAUAAUACGGCAUCUUAGCCAAGUGUGAUGGUUGCCCAAGGCAUUUAAAUUAAGCUCAGUUUUGUAUUUUAUUGGGGUUCCAUCACAUCCUUCAUCUGAAAUGUACACAUUUUUGGUGUAUGCUUGGUACUGGAGAUUCAUGUAUACAAAUAUUCUCAUAUAAGAAGGCUGUACCAAAACGUUUUUAACUUCUUAGCCAGUGGCCAAAGAAAAUGUUCUGGGGAAGAUGACUCAGGCAUUUUGCGGCGAGACACCCGGCUGGAACUCCCACUGACCGGGCUUGGAGCCUUCCCGGAAUGCUCCUGGGCUGAGAGGAGAUGGGUGUUGCAAAACGAAACUAUAGCUGAGAGAAGGAAUGCAUGUGAGCUAAGAGAAACUCGAGGAAUUCAGAAGGAAGAAAGUGGAAGAGAGGGGAGAAGGGAGACAAGGUGAAAUCUUACGAAGAUGUGAGAGGGAUUUGGGUUAGAAAAUGCAUUUUUAGGUAUGUGCUAUUUCCAGUCAGGGGUCGCAAACUCAGUAGCCUGCAGGAACUGGGAAGAGAAGUAGAGAAGGGGUGAGAAGGUGGUGGGAGCUGAGCCCAACUUAAAGUGGGUAAUUGUUACUCAGCUCCAUGCGGGAAAACGGAGGGAGGGGCUGGAAAUCCGGAUUUAAAGGGUGAAAUUCACUGAGUUUUAAACAAAUAAAUUUAAAAUGUCCAAAACAUCAAGUAGACCAGACAAAACAUUUGUUCGAGCCUGGGGGCUACCAGUUUGCGACAACUGCCUUACACAAUCAACACCCCCAAAAUAUGUAUAAGAUUAUAUGCUUUGCUAUGGAGACGGUGGUGUUAUGUAUAGUUGGGGGUGUGAUAUUUCCAUUUUUUAUCUCUCCAAUUUAAGCUUUAUUGUAGGACACCCCCCCCCAAAAAAAAAAAAAAAAACUAACAGGGCCACAGAUAACACUAAACUCACAGUUGCCAGAAAGACCUGCAUUCAGGAGCCAUUCUUUUGGAGUCAGAUCCUCCGUGACAGCACCCUGGGUCUGUUCUUGGCAUUUCCUUCCUGGUGAUUUGGGCUGAACGCCUUCGCUCCAUUGGAGUUUGCCGAUGAGUAAUCAGGAAGGAUUGCAGAAUAACUUGUUUUGCUGUAUUUGUUUUUUGUAUUAAUUUUUUUUUUUUUUUUGCUCAUGAUAUCCCAGCCUGUGCCUUUCUGGUGAUGGUGGGUGGCUGGGAACAGCAGUAAAAACAGAGCUGGGUCUCUGGGCCAAACUUCUUAGGCUUGUCCUGUUCCUACUGCGAUGACGUGGCUCUGGUCGGAUUCCAAAAUUAACAUCGUACAACUCAGAAGGCAUCAACCAAAUGUGCUUCUGGGGCAUCACACGUAACCUGGAGUAAAACACCUUUUUCCUGGAGCUGACUUUGACAUUGAUGAAGAUGUCUUCUCAUCUCAGGUGAUUUUUUCCUGUGGUAGAGAAAGUGAACCUUUUCCACAUUUCCAGUGUCCCUCAAGAGGAAAACAAGUUCAGUGUUAUCAUCGUGGUGCUUGUUAGUUUUUUUAAUCUCUUGUCUGUAACUUAGAUACAUGUUUAUUUUUUUAUAUCUACAUAGCACAUAAUGGGGUGGGGAUAAUGCAAGUGCCAGUUGGGAGAGGUCGGCAAUAUGCAAUCACAUAUAGAGAAAAUAGACUAAAGUGUGCAGCUAAACUAUAUUACUCUGGUUUUUGAUGUAUCAGAUAUUCAGGAAUAUUUUAGCACCUUUUGAUUAAAAAAAAAAGUGCCUUGAUUCAGUCACUUGACUUAGAACAUUCCUCCUAUUGUAUAACAAUAAAUUAGUCUUCUGACCCUAAACUGUAUUAUGAUGCAAUUUGGUAGUGGUAGUCAAAAGUUUUGUUCCAACAACAGAGACCAAAGAGUUAGUCAAAAAUGGCUCAGCUGCUAGGAUUUUGUGAUUAAAGGGCAUUUUAAUCACACCAAACUUCCAUGGCCCAAAUGGUCAAGCAAGGCCUGCUAUUAGUUUUUUAGGCCAGGUUGGAGUAAAUUUGCACUUUCAAUCCUAUGGGUCAUUUUGGGGACCUUGUUCUUUUACAUUUGGCUGUAUUAAUAAAGAAAAUUGUAGAAA